GUUUAUGAAGGAAAGGGAAACAAAGUACACCAUGAGAGAGCAAGGGACAGUGAGACGAAGGACAGAGAAAGGUUUAAGAAGGGUUUAGCUCCGAGGCGGCCAUUACACAUUCCCUCUAUGGAUUCGGUUCCCUCUGCGAAUUUCUUUUACGACCCAUUUCCUCUAAUCACAAUCGCAUCCCAGUCCCACUCCAUCCCAUCAAUUUCAUUGUCGUCAAAUUUUGAUUCAAAUUGAUCUUAAGUCUCUGCAAAUCUCUGCUGCAAAAUCGAUUCUCUGCUUCCCUUUUGUAAAGAAACAAAUUUUCCUUUAAGCCCUUCAAGGAUUUCCACUGGCAUGUGGAGCAAUAUUGCCAAACGAGCUAUUUCAAAGUCCCAGAGUUUUGUCCUCAAUUCCCACUCCCUCAGACGGGUUCAUAGCUUUCUGGGUCCUACCCAGGACCCGAUCUUCCCUGAAGAAUUCAGAUUUAGGCCCUCUGAGCUUAAUGCUUGCUGGGAUAAUGGGUUUUCGGAAAUGGGUUAUCAUCGACAUGACGAGUUUUUUUCACACGAGGACUUUAUGCGGAGGCCAAGUUUUGGAAUUAGUGGGUUUUGUACCAGAGGCUAUGCGAGUUUGGCCGAGGCUGAGUUAGUUUCGUCUACGGAUGUGGAGGAGGAUGUCUCGGUUGCCGAGGAGGUUCAAGAAUUAUUGCAGGAAAUGAGUAAAGAAGAGAAGAUGCAAGUUGAUUAUAGGCGGCGGAGGCAUCAGAAGAUGGCGAGGGGAAUGGGCCAAGGGAAGUAUCACUUGCUAAGGAGGAGGCAGGUGAAGAUUGAGACAGAGGCGUGGGAACAAGCGGCAAAGGAGUAUAAGGAGCUUUUGAUGGACAUGUGCGCGCAGAAGCUGACCCCGAAUUUGCCAUAUAUGAAGUCGUUGUUUCUUGGUUGGUUUGAGCCUUUACGGGACGCCAUUGAAAAGGAGCAGCAGUUGUGCCGGAAUGGGAAGAACAAGCUGGCGUAUGCCCCGUAUUUUGACCAGUUACCGGCUGACAUGAUGUCCGUUAUCACAAUGCAUAAGUUGACAGGUUUAUUGAUGACAGGUGGUGAGCAUGGAGCUGCGAGGGUGGUACAGGCCGCUUGCAUGAUAGGUGAUGCCAUUGAGCAAGAGGUUAGAAUUCACAAAUUCUUGGAGAAAACAAAACAGAAAAAGGGUGAUAAAGAUAAGGAAAAUGAAGGAGGUGACUCUAAUUCUCUUAUCAAGGAACAAGAGGAGUUACUUAUAAAAAAAAAAAGGGAACAAGAGGAGUUAAGAAAAAAGGUCACUAAUUUGAUGAAGAAGCAAAAGCUGGUGGCAGUGAGGCAGAUAGUGAAGGGAAAAGAUGAUUCAAAGCCAUGGGGCCAGGAUGCUAAGGCUAAGGUUGGAAGCCGUCUGAUUGAACUGUUGAUGCAAACAGCUUAUAUACAACCACCAGUCAAUCAGCUAGCAGAUGGCCCACCUGAUAUUCGACCUGCUUUUGUACACUCAUUCCGAACUGUGAAGAGCGAAGGAAAGAAAACAAGCAGAAGAUAUGGCAUUAUUGAAUGUAACCCUCUAGUUCUUAAAGGCCUUGAGAGAACUGUAAGGCACAUGGUUAUUCCUUAUAUGCCAAUGUUGGUGCCCCCAGUCAAGUGGACAGGUUAUGAAAAAGGAGGGCACUUGUUUUUACCAUCCUAUAUCAUGCGCACUCAUGGAUCCAGACAUCAACGUGAAGCAGUUAAGAGGGCUCCUAGGAAACAACUAGAACCAGUUUUUGAGGCGCUGAAUACUCUUGGGUAUACCAAGUGGAGGAUAAAUAAGAGGGUACUUAGUAUUGUAGAUAGAAUAUGGGCUAGUGGUGGCCGUCUUGCUGAUUUGGUAGACCGCAAUGAUGUACCUUUACCAAAUGAGCCAGAUACUGAAGAUGAAGCUCAGCUUAAGAAAUGGAAAUGGAGAGUCAAAUCUCUGAAGAAAGAGAACAGGGAGAGACAUUCACAGCGUUGUGACAUAGAACUUAAACUUGCUGUUGCAAGGAAAAUGAAGGAUGAAGAAGGUUUUUUCUACCCACACAACCUUGAUUUUCGAGGUCGUGCAUACCCAAUGCACCCGUACUUAAAUCAUCUGGGUUCAGAUCUAUGCCGGGGUAUUUUGGAAUUUGCCGCAGGACGCCCUCUUGGAAAGUCAGGCUUACGUUGGUUAAAGAUACACUUGGCAAACUUAUAUGCUGGUGGUGUGGACAAAUUGUCUCAUGAGGGUCGAAUAGCAUUUACUGAGAACCAUUUAGAUGAUAUAUUUGAUUCUGCAGACAGGCCACUUGAAGGCAAGUGCUGGUGGUUGAAUGCAGAAGAUCCAUUUCAGUUCUUGGCUGUGUGCAUGAAUAUAACUGAUGCCUUGAGAAGUUCAUCCCCAGAGACCUUUGUUUCACAUAUACCUGUACACCAGGAUGGUUCUUGCAAUGGUUUACAACACUAUGCUGCUCUUGGAAGAGACAAGUUGGGGGCUGUAGCUGUCAAUUUAGUUGCGGGAGAGAAGCCAGCAGAUGUUUACUCAGGAAUAGCUGUUAGGGUACUAGAAAUCAUGCGAAAGGAUGCCCAGAAAGAUCCCACUGUUUUUCCAGAUGCAUUGCAUGCAAGAAUAUUAAUUAAUCAGGUAGACAGGAAAUUGGUGAAGCAAACAGUGAUGACGUCAGUAUAUGGGGUCACUUACAUUGGUGCUAGGGAUCAAAUCAAGAGGAGGUUGAAGGAACGUGGUGCAAUUGCAGAUGAUGCUGAGCUCUUUGGUGCUUCUUGUUAUGCUGCAAAGACCACCCUAACUGCAUUGGGGGAGAUGUUUGAAGCUGCACGCAGUAUCAUGAGCUGGCUUGGUGAAUGCGCAAAAAUAAUUGCAUCCGAAAAUCAGACAGUGCAGUGGACAACUCCACUUGGACUUCCUGUUGUGCAACCGUAUCGAAAUUUGGGAAGGCAUCUUAUAAAAACUUCUCUUCAGAUAUUAUCACUACAGCGAGAAACAGAAAAGGUCAUGGUCAACCGGCAGAGGACAGCUUUUCCACCAAACUUCAUUCACUCCCUCGAUGGUUCUCACAUGAUGAAGACUGCAAUUGCCUGCAAAAAAGCUGGCUUGAACUUUGCAGGUGUUCAUGAUUCAUAUUGGACCCAUGCAUGUGAUGUGGAUGAAAUGAGCAGGAUACUUAGAGAGAAGUUUGUUGAACUCUAUGAGACACCAAUACUGGAGAAUUUACUUGAAAGCUUUCAGCAGUCCUUCCCGACAUUGUCUUUUCCUUCCUUACCUGAACGUGGGGACUUUGAUUUAAUGGAUGUCUUGGAAUCCCCAUACUUCUUUAACUGAACAGAUGCACGUAUUUCUCUCCCCCAGGGCUACAGUGAUCUCAUGCCUCUAUAGAUGUUUGCUUCUCUGUUUCUUUCCAUAUCAUGGUUAGGAAAAGAAGGGUCUUCUGUCAAAAUCCCUCGUUGAGAAUUGCUGCACCAUCGAUGUAAAUAUUACGUGAGGAUGUCCCUGCACAUGGAGAAGAUUGCUACUUGAUGCUUCAUGUGGCCUUGAACUCAGCUUUCUAUGCUCCUGUACAGCCAACGCGUAACUUCAGUUUUUCUUUGUAUGUAUGCCAUAUGGGUUAAAAGAGCUUGUCUGAAGUCGAAUCACGGCAGGAAAAUUCUAAAUAGGAAGCUGAGAUAUAAGUGCGCAAUGGCUGCUGCUUGUACACAGCUUCUUGACAAUACAUUUCCAUGCAUCGUGUUAAAGAUGCGAAGCUUCAUGAUGAUUCGAUUGAUAUCAGAGUCUGUUGUGAGAAAAUGCUAGGAUCAAGGUUCUUUUGAUAGUUGCAGAUGCAAAUAUUGCUUUUUCUUUAGGAUAUAAUACUUCUUUUCCGUUA